AUGUCUGAAGACAUCAAAUUGGAUUACCCUCUCCAGUCUGAUUUUGUACAGACUCUUAAUGAAGCACUGGAUAAAAGAGACCUUAAAUGUGUGGAAGAUCUUCUUAGAAGAGUGACUCCAGAGAACCCCAAUGCUAUCAUUGAGCUGUCAAAUGAUGACUGGAAGAAAGAUCCUGCCGUAGAGCUCCCUCCAGCUGUGUUGCUAGGGCUGUGGUCAUUGGAGUAUAAGCGAGAACUGACCAGUCCUUUGUGCAUUGCUGCUGCACAAGGCUUCAGUGAGUGCCUACAGUACCUCCUCGAGCACGGAGCCCAUCCCAACCUCUGCGCGGGUGGAAAGACAGCACUCCAUGAGGCUUGUGCUAACAGCAACACUGAGUGUGCAGAGCUGCUACUGGAGCAUGGUGCGAAUCCCAACCUGCUGACGGAAGAGGGCGUGACAGCCUUACACUUGUGCAGGACACCUCAGUCACUCCGCUGUGCUAAGGCACUGGUGCGACAUGGAGCCAAAGUGAACCUUUCCAGUGAGGAGGAGGAAGAAACCCCUUUACACGUGGCAGCCAGAUUCGGCCUUCCACACCAUGCUCAGCUUUACCUGCGAUAUGGGGCUUCUGUCAACCACACAAGCUCCUCAGGUGAAUCCCCACUGGGACUGGCUUGCGCUGAAGCCCAGGAAAAACACAGCGAUGAUCAGGAUGAAAGAUACCUCCAGCUGUGUCGGCUCUUGCUGUCGUACGGAGCGAACGUGAACCUGGCUGACCGAGAGCGCCGCACGCCGCUGCACAAGGCCGCACGAAACGUGCAACAUGCCUUGGUGGAGCUUCUUCUGGACCAUGGCGCUGACAUCAAUGCUAUUGACUACAACGGAUGCUCCCCCCUCUCUUGUGUACUGCAGAGUUCUGUGAUCCGGCAGGAGUGGCAACCUCACACUGUUGUUCAGACCUUGUUAAACCGCGGCUCCAUCAAAGUGUGGCCUCAGGCCCUGCUUAAGGUUUUGACAGCUUGCGCAGCCGCCCCUAAAACUGUAGAGAUCCUGUUCAACUCCUAUACCCUUGUUCCUGUGACCUACAAGUGGGUGAAGGCCAUCCCAGAGGAGAUGUUACAGCUGCACAGGUCCUUUUACGAAUCACUGUUUGCACUGGACCACACACCCCGCAGUUUACAGCACCUGUGUCGCUCGGUGGUCAGGAAGCACUUUGGGAAAAACUGUUAUCUCCUCCUUCCCAGGCUACCCAUCCCCAAAGCACUGCAACUCUACCUUCUCUUAGAACCUGAGGGUUUCAUUUACUGA